AUGAACCACACACAACAACAACCUAAAACACUGAUCAGUUCAUGGUUUUCCAAAGAGAAGUUUGCAGAGACUUACAAAGGCAAUAUCAGGCCUCUAAAUGAGAAGGAUGGAGAGUACAGGAAGAUAAAGUCUGUUGGAGGUACAAAGAUACGCGAGAACUGUUGGGAGGAAGGGCAUAACAAAAGAACCUACAAGAAUCCAACUAAGCCCCAACCUACAAAGGAAAAGAAAAGAAAGGGUAGGCCAGUGACUAGGGAUGUGGCAAUGAAAAAACAACAGCAUCCACAAGUCAAAAGAGUCAAAAUAGUCAAUACAUUCAGGAAAUGGAUGGACAGGCAAGGUGUAAUAGUAAAAAAAGGUAAGGGUAAAGCAAAGGCAUCUCAAUCUGUUAAAGGGAUAGAUGAAGGGCUGCAAGAUGUUAUGAUGGUACAUGAUUUGAAGGGGGAUGAACAUGCUAGAGAGUUGCUUGCAUCAGGAUACUCAGAGGAUGAGGUGUAUCGUGUACUAUAUGAACAACAUUUAGAUGUUGAAAUUUUGGCUGAAGUUCCACCUGUUCUUGAAACUAUGCAUGAAGAAGUUCCAGAGGUUGAAGAAGGCAUUGCUGAGACACCACCAUCCCAAAGGUUGAUGAGAACAAGGAGGCCUUCAGAGAGAAUUACUAAAAUUCAGACUGGAAUGAAGGCUGUUGGAAAGAAGGUUGUUGGACCAGGUCGAAGUAGGUUGGACCCUGUUUCUUUGGAGUAG